CUUGACUUCGACUCAUCGUGAGUACAGUGCACUGAAAUCCUCGCGGUCGAAGUCGCAAGCGGGGGGACUCUUUAUUUAGACGCGGACGAACGAUUGUUCCCCAGAAUACCGCGAAAGUGAGAGAGAGAAAGCUGUGGUUCAGCUGGAGCUCGCGCGAAUCGAGAGCGACUCAAGUUCAAUGAUAAUCGAGACGGACUUGGCACGCGUCACCGCGACCGGAUUCCCCAUUCGUUGAUCUUGGACCGAUAGUGGCGCCACGCUAGCUACAGACAUGGCGUCGACCAUGUUUCUGCGCGGAACCGAGGAAUCUGCCAGCCAGACAACGACACUGCAGCGUGUGUACCUCGUGUCGAACGAAGAGUCCUAAAAAUGCGUUAAGACGAAUCGAUUACUCAACAACACGGACUGUGAGACGUUACUCGUUGUUCAGAGACUUAGAAUAACAGCGAUAUAAAGAGAAGUAGGAUCGUAACAGAGACAGAGUUAGUUGUAUACGUGGAGGGGUGAAGUUUGAGGAUAGUUGGUAUUGACCAAAGGCGAACACCAGGCGAUAAUCGGUGUCGCAGCCGGUGUUCGAUGAGAACCGAACAAGAUUUGGUGCAUACCCAGCGUACGUGAAAAGAUCCUCGGGCACGAGGACGGGGCGCCGAAGAGAUCGUCAUCAACCACGACGAUCACGACGACAACGAUGCUGCGCUCGCCGGCGCGCGUCGUUCUCCAGGAUUCUUCCGCCUCGACGUCCUCGACCCUGUCGGCGCCACCGACGCCGGUCCACCACGGCGCCGCCAGCAGCUCGACCGUCUCCUCGCGUCUUUCCCUCCUCGACACCUGCCACAGGAAGAUCAGGUUCUUCGGCGAGCUUGUCGCAAAAGCCCGACGAAAGGAGAAAGAUGCGGGAACCACAGAAGAUCCGAAAUUGUACCUCGAGGAGGCGGCCCUUGAAAGGCAGCUGCCAGAGCUGGACCUGAGGAUGAUGGUCGAUCUACCGCCUGGCUUGGACUACAACGAAUGGCUGGCCUCUCACACUCUCGCACUAUUCAAUCACAUCAAUCUCGUUUACGGAACGAUAUCCGAGUUCUGCACGAUGACGGGCUGUCCCGAUAUGACCGGUCCUGGCUUAAGAACUUAUCUGUGGUUUGAUGAGAAGGGGAAGAAAACGAGAGUGGCAGCGCCACAAUAUAUAGAUUAUGUUAUGACUUUUACACAACGCACCGUUAGUGACGAAACUAUAUUUCCUACGAAAUAUGCAAAUGAAUUUCCUAGCUCGUUCGAAUCGAUAGUGCGUAAGAUCCUGCGGCUACUGUACCAUGUGGUGGCACACAUUUACCACUGCCACUUCAGAGAGGUAGCACUCUUGGGGUUGCACGCUCACCUCAAUUGUGUAUUUGCCCACCUCACGCUCCUUAAUCAACGCUUCAACCUUAUCGAUCCCAAGGAAACGGAGAUCUUAGGAGACUUAGAGGCUGCCCUCUUGGGUGACUCAACAUCAUCAUCAGCGCCUUCAUCACAAACUUUAGCCAUCCAGGAGACUCCGACCACAGCCACCUAGAUCGCAAUGCACAGCAAGCAAGAGGUUGCAGUUCCUGAGACUAGGUGACGAUAGGCGUUUGUUUUUCCUCUUUCUUUCCCUCUACUUCCAAUCUUUUUCUCUUUCUCUCUCUUUUCCGCUCCUCUCUUUCUCUUUUCUGUUUUGUUUUUUAAAUAGAAUACGCGAACGACAGAGUUUAAGCAUUAACGACUACAUACGCAGGUGGAGCGAAAGCGCAAUUCUGUAAAAACCAGUAGUACCUGUACAUAGCGAAGUGUGAACAACUACAUGAUGUAAUUAGGUUCCUCCGUUUGUUGUUUGUGAGAUUGUACAUAAUUUAUUAAACAGUAAGAUAUACGAAAGAGAUGAAGGAUGAU